CGGAGCGGCGCGGCACUGUAGAUCCCCCGGCGCCCGGCUCCCUCGCGUUAGUCUUGCUGUGUUGUGAUCACGUGGCCAGCUCCGGGCGCGGCGCUUGUUUUGGUUUCCCUCUAGCUUGUCCCUGGCUGCUUCGGGGUGAGCGACUUUGCUGUGCCGGUUGCUGCGCCUGCCUUACACUCUGAUCUCCUCUGCUUAGGGCUCUUUCAGCCCGCAGUUCGGCAAGCCCUUCGGGGCCGGCUACUGCCAUGCCGCUAGUUCGCUACAGGAAGGUGGUCAUCCUCGGGUACCGCUCUGUAGGGAAGACAUCUUUGGCACAUCAGUUUGUGGAGGGCGAGUUCCUGGAAGGCUAUGAUCCUACAGUGGAGAACACUUACAGCAAGAUAGUGACUCUUGGCAAAGAUGAGUUUCACCUACACCUGGUGGACACAGCAGGGCAGGAUGAGUACAGCAUUCUGCCCUAUUCAUUCAUCAUUGGGGUCCAUGGUUAUGUGCUUGUGUAUUCUGUCACCUCUCUGCAUAGCUUCCAAGUCAUUGAGAGUCUGUACCAAAAGCUACAUGAAGGCCACGGGAAAACUCGGCUGCCGGUGGUGCUAGUGGGAAACAAAGCAGAUCUCUCUCCAGACAGGGAGGUCCAGGCAGUUGAAGGGAAGAAGCUGGCAGAGUCCUGGGGUGCGACAUUUAUGGAGUCAUCUGCUCGAGAGAACCAGCUGACUCGAGGCAUCUUCACCAAAGUCAUCCAGGAGAUUGCCCGGGUAGAGAAUUCCUAUGGGCAAGAGCGCCGCUGCCGGCUCAUGUGAGCCCUCAGGCAUUGGGUAGCUGCCUCGAUUCUGCCCCUGGCACUUGCCAGGCUCCAGCGGGUAUAGGCCCUUAGGACUUAACGGGUAUGGUUGCCAGCUGUGUCCCCGGUCCUCUGGUCACACAGUGUGGUACCCUCAUGUUUGCACACUUUUCCAGGCUCUAAUGGCCUGUUGUCAAUGUUUACAAUGGGGCAAGGAUGUCUCAUGGGACUGGCCUCUAGUCCUCUGUUUUUGCUAAAUGAAUUGUUAUAACCUGCAGGGUUGGGAUACGAGUCCUAAGCAUUGUUUAUUUAGGACCCUGUCUUCUGUGCAGGUUUUGGGCGUUGGCUGGGUGAGGGGAGCUGGGGAUUCCUGAAGUGGAGCUGGCUCCCUAGGGUGACAAUGUAUAUAUGCAAAUAAACUGAGAAAUCUUUU